GGCACGACUAUUUUACCUUAACAGUGCACGAUACCUUUAACAUUGUCAUGUUAUAAACAACAUCAACAAGACGAAACAUCAUCAAUUUUUCAGUGAACUAAAAGCGUUGAGUGACAAAACAAUUGCAACGAGAAGCAACAAGUGCUACAAGUGAAAGCCAGUUAGGAGAAAUGCCGCCCGUUCAAAUUCAGGCCGUUAACAUGUCCCUGGGUGCAAUGCAUUGCACACGUUGCGCCGACGGUUUCGAGCCAACCGAGAAAAUAGUCAACUCCAAUGGCGAGCUUUGGCACACCCAAUGCUUUGUCUGCGCUCAGUGCUUCCGCCCUUUCCAGGAUGGCAUUUUCUACGAGUUUGAGGGCCGCAAGUAUUGCGAACGUGACUUCCAUGUGCUAUUUGCACCCUGUUGCAACAAGUGCGGCGAGUUUGUCAUUGGUCGCGUGAUCAAGGCCAUGUCUGCUAGCUGGCAUCCGCAGUGCUUCCGUUGUCAGUUAUGUGCCAAGGAGCUGGCCGAUAGCGGCUUUAUACGCAAUCAAAAUCGAGCGCUCUGUCAUGAUUGUAAUGCCAAGGUUAAGGCUGAAAUAACGGGACGCUAUGUCUGCCAGAAGUGCCACGGUCUUAUUGAUGAGGAGCCACUGCGUUUCCGUGGUGAAGUCUAUCAUGGUUAUCACUUUAAUUGUUCAGCGUGCGGCACAGAACUGGAUGCUACAGCACGCGAAGUCAAGAGUCGUCCUGGUUUAGCAGCUAAUGAUAUGAAUGAGCUGUACUGUCUACGAUGCCAUGAUAAGAUGGGCAUACCUAUUUGUGGCGCCUGCCGACGACCGAUUGAGGAGCGUGUGGUCACUGCGCUGGGCAAGCAUUGGCAUGUGGAGCAUUUUGUCUGCGCCAAGUGCGAGAAACCUUUUCUGGGCCAUCGGCAUUACGAGAAGCGAGGCUUGGCCUACUGCGAGACACAUUACCAUCAACUGUUUGGCAAUUUGUGCUUUGUGUGCAACCAGGUUAUUGGUGGCGAUGUCUUCACUGCUUUGAACAAAGCCUGGUGUGUGCAUCACUUUGCGUGCUCCAUUUGCGAUACGAAAAUGACACAAAAGUCAAAAUUCUACGAGUACGAUGAGAAGCCCGUCUGCAAGAAGUGCUACGAGAGGUUCCCCAAUGAACUAAGACGUCGCUUGCGCACAGCUCAUGAAAUGACCAUGAAGAAGAAUGUGUAGUGAGGCUUUGUCUAGAGCUUUUCAUUUAGCAACUGUACACCAAAAUGUGUCCAAGUCAUAGUGCCUUUUUGCCGUUACAUUUCUUCGUCCUUUUAACAUUCAAUGUUAACUUCUUUAUUUGCUAACAACUAUAUUUUAUUGUCUUAAUGUUUUCAAAUCUAAGCUUUUUCUGACGGCAGCCUAACAUAUAUAAGUGUAUUAACAGCUAUUUGUGUUGUUA